AUGAGAGAGGCUGGUGGAGGUGGGUUUUGGGGUGUUACCAGCAUUGCGUAUGGGGUAGGAGACUGUCAGAGCAAUAGGGGGGUUGGAGUAAUCGGACAAGCCCGUCAAGUACCCAUGGAACCUCUUUGCUUCGGUGAGAAGACCCAACCCAUGCCUCCUUUAGUAAACCCAUCCUCUGAAUUGAAGCAGUUGAAUUAUCUUCCUCCUUUG